AUGAGAUAUCUCUGCGAUCAAUGUGGAUAUGCUUCUAAUUCAGCAAGAAAUCUUAAAGUACAUGUUGAAUCUGAACAUGAAGGAGUUAGGUAUCCCUGUGAUCAGUGUGAAUACGCUGCUAAAAGUGGACAAAAUCUAAAGAUACACAUUGAAUCUAAACAUGAAGGAGUGAGAUAUCCUUUCUCUCAUUGUGCAUUCACUGCCACUCAACCAGGUGAUUUAAAGAUACAUAUUGAAAAUAAACAUGAAGGAGUGAGAUAUCCAUGCGACCAAUGUGAUCAUGCUGCCACUACAGCAAGGAAUCUGAAGAGACAUAUUGAAUCUAAACAUAAAGGAGUAAGAUAUCCAUGCGAUCAAUGCGAGUACGCUGCCACUGCUUCAAGUAGUCUAAAGAGACAUGUUAACAGGAAUUCUUGCCUUAGAACUAAAAACUGA